AUGAACGACCCAAACCUCAAAGAAGGGACUGCCCAGCGAGUUAAUGUUGGAUACGAAUGCAAAGUUAACCUUCUUACAGAUGCUCCUUCGGGUCACUCACACAUAAUCAGAUGGAUUGCUGUGGUUGAAAAGGACAAAGUUCCACACGAUUUAUUUACAGUUGACGUAAUUGCUACUAUUCUCUACGAAAUUGAUCCGUCUGCUCUUAGUCAUUUGCUCGAUGUUCAAGCGAGUCAGUUUUAUUGCUGGUGGACAACAAACGGGCAUAUCAAGGAAUCUGAAAGUGAUAAGGAAUUCCAGAGUGAAACCGUGGAUACCGAGAGCCAUAAAUCGGAUGACUUGUCGCCAGACCACAUAUAUCUUCUUCGCGUGGAAAACAUUGUUCAAGUCGGGAUCGUUAGUUUCGCGAGUCAUCGCUCUGAUUUGAAUGUAACUUAUGCUAUCUGCGAGAAGGGAAAUUGGGAGAUUGUAUACUCUGAAGAUCAGAGUCAAGAUGAGAAAUACUACCCAAGUACCAGCUCUCUAGAUCGUCGCGAAGCACACGAUCAUAAAUUAGCAAGAAUUAUUAUACGCGGGACAGAUUUCGAGGACAAGAAUAAUGUGCCAAUGGGCUUUCACUGGGCAUGUGUGCUUCAAAAUGGAGCCGGUGGCCCAAAAUAUUCCGGGCGCAGGACACAAAACAUCUCGAAUGCGGAUCGUAUCACCGAAGUUUCUCAACAGGUUCAAGAAACUAUAACUGGUUCUGGAGGCAGUAGCAGAUUUGCAAACAGGAUGUCUGAGGUCCAAGGUCCGUUGGACAGACUUCAGAAGUCAGCCGAGAAGUUGACAAGCUCUUUGAAGAGAAAGCGCGAUGAUUGA